AAGAUCGAGUGAAACACCUCUGAAGACGUGGAUUAUUUCGAAGGAAGAUGGUGAAGUUAUUGCAGCUCAUUGCAACUGCAUGGCAGGACUAUCGGAGUCAUUUUCUCAUGUGGGGGCAGUCCUGUUCUCCAUUGAAGCCGGGGUGAGAAUGCAAGACUCUGCUUCUUCUACAUCUGAGCAGUGCAAGUGGUUGAUGCCAUCACAUGUUAAAAAGAUUCCUGCUGCCCCCGUUGCUAUGAUUGACUUCUCCUCAGCAAAGUCCAAGAAACUAAAGCUUGACCGUUCCAUUGAUGGCAGGACAACCGACAGCAAGCCUGUGAAAUCGCUUCUGUGUCCAAGGGUGAAGAAGGGAUCAGAAACCUAUAACAGGUUUUUUGAUGCCUUAAGUAAAAACUGUCCAAAGAGUGCAGCACUGAUGGCACGGGAGCCAUACUACAAAGAAUUCAUCCCCAAAUCUAGUAUGCUCCCUAAAACUGUUCUUGACUAUAGAACUUCAGAAACUUUGCAUUUACCACCCAAAGAGCUUGCAGAGCUGUGCCAGGAGUUCCAGUUUGAAGAGCUCACCCCGUCCCAAGUCCAGGCUGUAGAGACGGCUACCCGAGAUCAGAGUGCAAGCAGGAUUUUGUUUAGGCAGAGAGCUGGAUGCAUCACUGCAUCAAAGAUGAGAAGAGUUCUUAGAACCAGCCCCCAGCAACCCUCCAAGAGCUUGAUCAUGGCUAUAUGCUACCCAGAAGCAUAUAGGUUCACCACAGAUGCCACAAGUUAUGGAUGCCAACAUGAAUCACAGGCCAGAGGAGCGUAUGAGAAGCUAAUGGGUCGGGAGCAUGCAGGCUUUUCUUGUGUGAACAGUGGUCUCUGGCUGAACCCCAGGUGGCCAUAUAUGGGCUCCUCCCCAGAUGGUGUAGUCACUUGUGACUGCCAUGGAACUGGCAUCUGUGAAAUUAAGUGUCCACACUCUGAGCAAGAUGAGCCCAGUCUGCGAUUGUGUGCUGAUAUGGGGUUUUGA